GCCCCUGACCCAGCGUCAAAAAGGUGUCGGGCUCCUGCCCCCGGAGGGACAGAAAAGCCCCAACGCUCUCGGGGUGAGGAAGGGACUCUGCAUGCCCUUAGCAGAGGAGGAGGAAAGGAGCUGUGUCAGGAGAGCGAAGAAGGAAGGAGCGAAGUCCAACCCUGGGAAAGCUGGACGAGAGCUCGAGAAGAGGGCGGCCACACUCGCCCCGGCGGUCACAGACCUUUCUAUCCCGGCGUGGCGGUGGCAGGAGAGGAGCUCUUGCCGCUGCCAUGGUUGCCACCUUUGCACGGCCCGAUCUGGGGCCCCGGUACGCCGGGAGGAAGAACGAGAGCGAGCCACGUCCCUGGAGUUUCCGCGGAGCUGCGGCCUGGGCUCUCAGGGGUGCUGCACCGCCACAUCACGGCAGAGGGGAGAACCACCCCCGGUCCCGUCACCCCACGCCACCCCUCGCAGCUGGAGAUAUCGGGGGCUGCGACCGGGACGGGCGCCGGGCAGGGCGGCUGGUGCUGUCAGCAGCGCUCCCGCUCCUCCCCGCCCGGGCAGCUGCCAGCUUUUUGGCAGAUCGCUCUGCAGACGGCUCCCAAGGACUCCUGCGAGGGCUGAGACGGGUCACGGGCAAUUGCUGAAUAGCGCGAUAGGCCGGGCUAAAGCACGGCACAUUCGAGCCAGGGAGAGCGGGGAUCGGCCAGGGUGGAGAAACGAGAGAGGUGCAAAGGCCCGGGAGGGGGUGACAGGCAAAGCCAGCCUGCAAAAUGCUGAGUUGGCAGCGUGCCGAGAAUCUGGGGAACACUGUAGUGCCAACAGCCAGGGAAGGGGACAUGAAGGAGCAGCGUGAAUGGGGCAAAGACUGUUUCUUACAGACCUGGUGUGACCUAUCGUUAAAAAAACCUGGCUUCCCCUUCUAGUGCCAGGCUGUACCUGCAGGGUAGUCUCUGCCUUUCUGUCUCUCGUCCCAUUAUUCCACUACAGUCGAAUCCUUCUGUUGUGACCUACAGCAGCGCUCUGAUUUAUUUUUAAUGCGUUCCGAUUCCUGUUCCGUUGUCAAGAGAUGCAUUGAGAUUCAUUUUCCAUCCCCUGCUUUUCAUACUUCUGUUCUGCUGGAGGGACCCGCCAAUAGAGUUUAAUUCGAUUUGAUAUGAUUUAAUGAACACCUUUAUCUUUUGUUUUUAGCAGAAGGAUAAAUAAUACAACUGCAUUCGGCUUUUGCUAAAUCAGACAUGUUUUCCACCAAAAUCCUAUCUAGUGACACACACUCACUGUAACAUUUCAUU